AUGGUUUACUGUGGUAAGGCCUCACAGGGCUGCGAGCACUGCCGAGUCCGCCGUAUCAAGCUGUCGCUCAUGUUCCGCGAUGAGAGCACCAAGGUCAUUCAGAAAGCGCAUGCUCAAUGGGGACAUGAUUCUGCGUCAGAUACUACAUCCUCAAUGGAAGCACUCCGUCACCAUUUCAGUCCGGCGGGUUGCAACAUUCGCCUUCGAUCGUCGUGCCCUCCAGCUGCGAAUGCCGUGGCCGUCGUGAAGGAGGAGACAGCCGAGCCUACGCUGUCCUCGAUUUUGAUAGGACCCAGCCUAGAGGAACGUGGUAUUCAGUUCUAUGUCGACCGAUACCUCCUUGGUCACCCAGACGAGCCAAAAACGAUCGGCGAGCUUGGUUCGUCAGCUUGGCUGUGGAAUCCCGCCCUCCAGCAUGUCAUGGCGGCAGUCGGGCUCGCAGGCUUGUCGAAUCUCACGGGCAAUGCAGACAUGAUGGCCGCGGCGCGGCAAAAGUACGGCCAAGCAUUGCGCCAGACCGGCCAGUUAAUUCAGCCACCAAACGCGCCGAGUCUCGAAGUGACCAUACGGUCUGUCGUCAUGCUUGCCAUGUUUGAGGUCGUCAAGGGCACGCAUCAUGCCACGGGCACUGUGCACGCUCAUGUCAUGGGUGGCGCCGCGCUUAUGAGGAGCUGGUGUCCUUUACCCAACGCCCCAUUUGGAGGGUUUAGAGCCUUGAUGCAAUUGUGUUAUUCCAUGUUCAUUCCCAUACAAGUUACUGCAAUGGAGGUACCCCGCGAAUUUUUUGACUGGAUUUCAUUCGGCACUCGACUCCAGCAUCCUACCGACCAGCCGUCCACGGACCUUGCUUUCCUGAUUGCUCGCUUUGUCCAAAUAUCUUCUUUCAUACAGGGCCAUGUUCUCAGCGACGGGCAGCCGAAAACUACCAACACAAUUCGCCAGCUUCUGAGUCUCGACAUCGAGCUGGGGACGUGGGCUGACAGUCUAGAGGGUCAAUGGCUCUACCGCAUAGAGAAAGCACCCGAUCUCCCGGCACGAGCAGUCUUUCGAGGAGAAUACCAUCUAUACUUCGAUGUGUGGUUUGCCAGGAUCUGGAAUUACUACCGCUGGGCCCGGAUAUUGGUGGACCAGAAUUUGCUUGAUCUCAUCAACCAGAACCCGAUAUCGAGUCUGCCCCUCGUGUCGGUUGCUAGGCGGGCACAGGUACUGGACACAAUUCGAGCGCUGGCACGAGAUGUGUUAGUUAGCACACCGAGCCAUUGGAGGCAUCCUCUGCUCGACGAUGCAGCUCAGAUCACCGUCGAGAGUGCAGGGGGUGGAGGGUCUGGUGCUGCAGGUCUGCCUGCCCUCCUGUUCCAGCUCAAGGUGGCCAGUUGCGCUCCGGGCGUGCCAAAAUCCUACUGGGCGUGGGCGCUGGACAUCAUACAGACUAUCUGGGGUGACAUGGGGAUGUUGCACGCUCGUUCCAUGAUGGAGGCUAUGCGUGCUCACCAGGACGCCCUGGAUAGGACUGGAGUGGAGGGCAUUUUAUCCGACGAGUGGUAA